GGACUUUGCCCACGGUGGAGCGAGCCGACUGCCCGGCUAAGGCUGAGCGGAUUCUGCGGUCGCUCCGGACGCUGCCCGGACCGGAGCGCGGACAUUCUGGGUCCCGGCUGAGUGCGCCCCGGACGCCUGGCAGUGCCAGCUCGGGAAGGGCAAGGCAAGCCAGGGGCAGGACAGACCCCGGAGGGGCCCAGACACGCCGAACUGGACUGGACCGAGAGAAUCGCGAACCCUGCGGAGCCCGGGGAAUGCCGGGCGUGGGCUGAGGGGAUCCCGGUGCCCUCCCCAGCCUUCCGACUUUGGUUCAGUCGCCCGGACCCGACCGGCGUCGCUUCGGCCCGGGUCACCUGUGGCCUCGGGGCCCCUGAGCCCUCCGGACCCUCGCGACCCGGAGCCUGGCGGGCGUGGUGGGAGAUUUUUCCUGCCCCCUUCCCCGGUGCGUGGAGGCCCCGCCCCCUCCCACCGCCCAGAUGUCUCCGGUCACCGCUCGGAGGACCUUCCUGAGGCCAAGAGCCGAAGGGUCCAGAGAGAGAAGCCCGCCCUAGGGGAGCCUUGGGGGCCCCCCAACCUCGUCUUGGGGCUCGGCCCCCGACGCUGCUUGGAGGAAAAGCCGGUGCCCCCACCCUCUGGGGCUGCCCUCCUCCAAUCCAGGUCCCUCUCCAGCGCUGUUCACAUCUGGAGGCCCCUCCACAUCUGGAAGACCCUGACCACCGUCCCUCUGCAGGUUCGGCUGCUUCUAGAGACCUCUGCCUUUGUAACUGCCUAGGAGUUGCGAGGGGAUUGCUGCCUUCCCCCAUCCCAAGGGCAUCUCUUACCCGAGUCCUUGCAGAAUCAUCCCCCUGCCUCCACACCCAGAUUCAGGCAAAGAUCAGCUCUGUACACCACAGGCACUUCAAGUGCUGGAAGCUGUUCUUGGGCCCUAAGGCCCCUCCCCUUGCCCUCCUGUGUCCUCACCUUGACCCCCCCAACACCCCUCCCCCGUCAGACUCUGUCUCCCUCUGGGUGCUCCAUCCCCCACCCAGAGGCAGAGUAGGUCGAGUGGCAGGCUGCAGGGGCUGGGUGAGGGCCGCCCAAGGCCAGGGUAGGCUGGGGGGCCGUUAAAAUGUGGAGCUCUGCCCGGCCGAGGGGGGCUCCGUGGAGGCAGGCAAAGCGUGUGCCCCGCUGGGGCGAGUAUGGGCAGGCUUGCGGCCACGUGGUGAAGGAUGAACAUUCGGGGUGCCCCGGACCUCGGGCAGCCCAGUGACGACCCCAACAGUGGUGGAGAGAGAGAACGGAUUCGACAGCGCAUGAAGAUGGUCAUCGGGCAACUUGAAGGCAUCCUGAGGGAACUCAAAGAAGUGGCUAAGGAGCUGAGGGAGGUGGUGAGUCAGAUCGACAAGCUAACCUCUGACUUUGACUUUGAACUGGAGCCGGACGACUGGACCACGGCCACUGUGAGCAGCACCUCCAGCAGUGACAAGGCGGGGGUGGGCGGCCCCUUUGACCUGGGCCACCUGGACUUCAUGACAGCCGAUAUCCUCUCAGACAGCUGGGAGUUCUGUUCCUUCCUGGACGUCUCUACCCCGUCAGACUCUGUGGAUGGCCCCGAGGCACCACGGCCAGGCGCAGGCCCUGACUACCAGCUCAUGAAUGGUGGUCUGCCCAUCCCCAAUGGGCCACGAGUGGAGACGCCAGACUCCUCCAGCGAAGAGGCCUUCGGCGCUGGCCCUGCAAAGGGUCAGGUGCCCCAGCGGACCCCAGGGACGAGGGAGAGGGUACGGUUCAGUGACAAAGUGCUCUACCACGCUCUGUGCUGUGAUGAUGAAGAGGGGGAUGGUGAGGAGGAGGAGGUAGAGGAGGAGGCAGGCCUGGCCCCAGAGCUGGCCCAUGUGGAGCCACACGCAGGCCCCCUCAAGCCCUCCCCAGCCCCCCACAAGACCAGGCGCUCUCCGUUGACCACCCGACGCUUGGGCCCCACGCUGGCUCCAGAACAGACCCGGAGGGUCACAAGGAACAGCAGCACCCAGACAGUAUCAGACAAGAGCACACAGACAGUGCUACCUUAUACGGCCACCAAACAGAAAGCCAAGGGCAAGAACUAGGGGCUGGGGAGGGGGGAAUGCAUAGAGCUAUAAAUAUAUAUAUAUAUAUAUUUAAACAAACACAGUCAUAAUAAAAUUCAUAAAUACUAAGGAUCCGGGCCCACAGGCCCCAAAGCCUUCAAGAAAGCUCAUCCUAAAACAAUCAGAGGCCCAGGAUUUCCCCUCCCUUCCAUAUGGCAGGGUUCCUGAAGGGAACCAUUCCCACUACAAGUCCCCAGCACCAUAGAGUCUGUGAGUGCUGGCCUGGGCCAUGUCCUAGAGGGAACUCGGCAGCUGGAGGCAAGCUAAAGCAAGCUCACCUGGAAGACUAGGAACUUAGAACACAGGGUUGGUGUCACUGUGGCUAGACACAGAAGCCCCUCUGUCCUCCUGGGCAGAGCUACAUGGACAGACAGCCCCACCUCACGCUUGCCCCCACCCCCCACCCUGCAUCUUAGGGUUGCCCCAAACACUGAGAAGGGCACCCUGCCCUCAGGCACACUGCACUACCAGGAGCCUGGCAGCCACGGAGCAGAUCCAAAAAUUCAAUCCACUCCCGAUUCUGUCAGCUCCCAUUCUUAGCUCUGGAGUUCAGAAUUCUCAGCUCUUGGCCCUGAGCAGAUCCAAGGUGUGUGGAUAGUUGAUAGCAGCCAUCAGAGUGCUGGGAACCAAGACCCAGAUGUGCUGGACCAUCCACACUAGGCAGGCAGAGGGGAGGAGGAAAUCCACUGCCUUCCCCUAGCUCCGACUUCUUCAUGCCCAACCGCUUAGCUCACCUUAAUAAGUCCUGAACAGCAGCAACAGCUUCAUCUGCAGUAUGACCUCCCAACAACUGCAUUCAAAUGUCUUGAGGGUGAUAAUGUUAGGCACUGGUCACAUUUAUUGAGCAGGCCACUGUGCUGAAUGCACCAUAUGACAUUAUCUUCUUGCCCCAUUUUUCAGAUGAGAAGACUGAGGUUCAGAGAGGUGAAGUAAGUGGCCCAAGGUCACCAAGCUUCUGCUUUCCUGUCCCCAAGAACAAGUACUUUACAGGCUGUGCCUGGCCCUGUCAUAUAGCAGCCAUAUCACCUUGGGCAAAUCCAUUUGCCUCUUUGAACCUUUCUACUCCAGCUGUAAAAUGGGUCUGAUAGUCUGGACCACCUCAGUUGCAGUCACAGGGAUUCAGCAAGUGGAGAGUGUACACACUCGAGAUAAACUGGAGGCACUAAAUGCCUACUGUGGUCAGUGUGGGUCACCCCACAUCUCUAGUGACUUCCAGCGUAGAGGGGCUGAGGAGAAGCCAUUCACACCCGGUCAAAAGCCAUCCUGAGUCAGAAGUAUCACAUGGCUUUGCCUCUACAAACAGCUUGAGGCCAUAAGAUGGCCACAGUGUGACUCAUUACUCUGCCUGGAGCAGACAGGUAAGGUCGGUGGACCAGUGAGAACAUCAGUCCUGAGGCCUUCCUGGGGUACAUUUCUAUUCAUGCAGAACCAUAACCCACCAGGAGGGGCCUUAGGAUCUGCUAGUACCUGCUGCCCCUGCUUGGGGAGGUGCUAUGUAACCUGAGUAGGGACUAGCAGGCUAGUCUAGGGGGGAUACAAGGACAUGACUGGAAAUCUGGCAAACCUUCGGUAUUACGGGAUGAGACCUGUCCCAACUGUAGUGAGGUCAGAGCCCUACAAAGCCGGUGUGGUGCAGCCACCAGGGUAGAAGUCCAGUGAUGGCCAGCUGGGGACCGGUGGGCCAGCAAGGUCCUGCCCUCCCUGAGCUGGACAGUUCCCAUUCAUCCCAUUCUCUCUCUGAGGCUGGUUUUUCCCCAUCAGUUGUGAGAUUGUUUUUCUCAUCUUUUCAACCAUUAUGGCAAUGAAACCUACAGAGCAGUUCUCAUUUCACAGGGGAAGAAACUCAGGCCCAGGGCCAGGGUCUCUGAGAGUCCCGAGUGAGGGAUUUUUUUUUUUCUUCCUUCCUAAAUCCCUCCUUUGAGCCAGGUUCAUAUGACUACUGUUAGGUCACAGAUAACCUCAACCACUUGUGCCCAGGUGGGACAUAGAGUGUGUGUCCUGGUUUUGAAGUAGCUAGAAGUCCACCAUGGUGAAGGCACAGAAAGCCCUUGGUCUACUCACUAGAUCCAGACCUCACGGACAGUGGGAUAGGAUCGCCAGGACUUCUCACGACUUGAAACAGACCGUGUCCACCCAGGAAGAAAAGGCGUUCUGCCCAUCAAAGCAGGUGCUCCCGCCCUUAGAGCACACAAAGCCAUCCUGGGUUCCUCCUCCACCAGGUCAGCCAUGCCUCCUGCUCCUCCCUGCCUCCAGGCCUCUGCUGGUGUCUGGCUUUUCUCAGGGGGAGUGCAUCUGCUUCUGGGAAGUCAGACUCACCUGCCACCUGCUGGGUGCACUUUUUUGUGCUGUAGGUGCUCUGGAGGAGGGAGGAGGGAUCCAAGGUGGCCCUUGUAACAGAGAGGAAGCUAAGCAAAAUAAAUAGCUCCAUUUAAUGGGCACAUACUAUGCACUGGAAUUGUGUAAGCAUGUGCCUUAUCUCAUUCAUUCCUCACAUAAAUUACAAGACAUUUCAUUUUAACUUGUGCCUAUUUUCCAUCUGGGGAAACUGAGGUUCUGAGAAGUCAAGUCACUUACUAAAGGACAGACAAUAUGAGUUAGGGAACCAGUUUUCGACCCUAAACUCAACUUCUUAGCACUCAAAUAUGUGUUGGCGUAAGGAUAGACAAUUAGGUGGACCAAGAACCAGGUGAGCCUUGGAGGGUAAGAAAUGUGUGGGAAAAAGGAAGCUGGUGGACCUUCUGUAUGGAGAGAACUUGGCUACUCUCAACCUGUGUGUCAGAGGCCCUGACUUAGUCUGAAACUGAAUGGAUUAUAGAUUUGUUAAAUAUUUGUCAAAUGUAUUAAUGAUCCCCCCCUUGAGACAGGGACAUCCACUGUGCAUUCAGUCAGUCAGCCAACAUUGAAGACCUCCAGUACGCCAGAUCUCACUUUGCUUGCAUGUGCAUGCAUGCACAGACAUACACAUGCAUACACUCCCACGUGCACAUAAUCUCUCUCUCCUCUGGGAGAGUCUUUCCUGUGGGAUACUAUCUGGAAGCUGGACAGGAAUGAAGAAUAUGAAGUUUCAGCCGUGACAAGUCAGAGGUGUUAUGUCAGAAGCCAGGGGGUGCCACUUUGGUGAGGAAGCCACUCAAACAUGUCCUCAGGGCUGGAGGCUCAUCAGGCUGACCACUUUGGUAGGAUAGGCACACUACAGUGUCCUUGAGUGCCUGAGAAUAAGGAAGAUCCUUAUCUCUGUUUUCUAGAUGUGGGAACAAGGGGCCAACUAUGUAGUAGACAAGAGGUGGUUUGAUGCAACCAGAGGCAAAAAACUGGGCACACCAUUCAAAGACAAGGACAGAGCCAGGCCAUGUUAACAGGGGAAGGGGGUAGGGGUGGGAAUCCAAGACGCAGCAGGCCCAGCCCUCCACACCCCUUCUUGAGUCCCCAUUCUCUGUCCCUCCUCCACCUAUCACCCAUUUCUCCUUCUAAAACCGAGACUUGUGUAAGAAACCCGUCAUUUAUUGACAACCUGGUGCACGCCAUGCCUUUUAACCAACACUAAAUAACAGAUUCAGCUGGGCCCUGUUCAGAACAGGUCGUUCAAUACUUAUUUAUUGAGCAAAUGGAUUAACCACAACCGUCAUUUUACAGGUCAGGCAGGGAAACAAGUGAACAAAGGCGGACUUUUUAGAGUUGCAAAGCAGGAUCUUGGUGUUACUAGAGUUUGUGAAACCUAUGAGAACAAGUGUUUAUGGCUCUUCCCUUGGAAUGGGAUCUCCCGGGGUACCCAGAAAGGGGAAUGAGGGUCAUUUGGGGCUGCUGGAACUUUAAAACAAAGAUGGCUGGAGUGACCAUAUGCUAGGUAACAGAGUGAGGUCUUAUUAAGGCAGAGAGUAGAUGCUGGAGCAAAAAUAAGGCAAAAUGGAAAAUCUGAGGGGCACUCUCUGUUAGGAACUUCAGACCCUGUGGCCCUCACUAGUCCACUCCAUCCUCUUGGCAAGGGCUGAGGCAGAGAGGGAGAGCAUCUGCCUAGUCUGAGAUGAGAGCCUGUCUUUAAGACAGGUCAGUAAGUAUCCAGUGGCCUAUCAUGAUCGGGAUUCAUUCAAUGCAUAAAUGAAAAUAAGACAAGUCCGUAAUGUGCCAUCCAGCAGACUAUCAUGACAGGGAUUCAUUCAAUGCAUAAAUGAAAAUGUUACAGUUAGCACCUUGGUAAUGUGGGUAUACUAAAGCCCUUGAGAACCACUGCAUCCUACUGUCUGACCCCCACAGGCCAGCUAGACAGGAUGUGGAGGGUGUGUCCUUCUGAUACACAUGAGCCAGCUGGCAUUUUCAUGGGACCUGACUGCCCACCAGCCUGCCCUGCUCACCAGUCACCAUUAUACUGGUCCCUAGCAA